GCCGGGCUGAAUCCGAAGCAUAAAAUGGAACCCAAAUCCAGCUUAAGCACCCAGGAGGAACGUGCCCUCAAAAGUUCAGAGAAACUCAAAAUGCUGGACAUAACGCGCGAUAAGCCCGUCAAGGUGGCCGUGAAGGUGGCUGUGCCGGUGCGGGAUCACCCGAAGUUCAAUUUCGUGGGCAAGCUGCUCGGCCCGAAGGGCAAUUCGAUGAAGCGACUCCAGGAGGACACAAUGUGCAAAAUGGCCGUGCUGGGACGCGGAUCGAUGCGCGACCGACGGAAGGAGGAGGAGCUGCGGGCCAGUGGCGACAGCCGUUACGCCCAUCUCUUUGAGGACCUGCACGUGGAGAUUUCGACCUUUGCGGCGCCCGCCGAGGCGCACGCUCGCAUCGCCUACGCCCUGGCGGAAGUGCGUCGGUUUCUGGUUCCGGACUACCACGACGACAUUCGGCAGGAGCAAAUGUGGGAGAUGCAGGCACUCACGUCCACGCCCACGCUGAGCAACCUGGACGACUCGCAGAGUCCGACGAACACGGCGCGCGGCCUCGGCGGCGGCUUGGCCGACAUGGACACGUCCAACGACGACAAGUCUGACAACGAUGCCAGCGGCAUGGAUUGCCUCUCGCCGGACAAGCUCGACUGCGGUCAGUCCUGCAGCAGCGGCGGCGGCGGCGACACUCACCCACAUCAUCAGCAGCAGCAGCAACAGCAACAGCAGCAACAACAGCAGCAACAACAGCAGCAACAACAACAGCAACAACAGCAGCAGCAACAGCACCACCACCACCAUCACCACCAGCCAGCGCACUUCCAUCAGCUGCUCCAGGCGCACGGCGGAGCCAGCGCUGCAGCUGCGGCCGCCGCCUGCGGGGAGCAUCUCGCCGGACAGGCGACUACGGCGACAGCAGCGGCACUGCACACAACGGCCAUGGCUGUGGCGCUGCAGCACCAGCUGACGGCUGCCGGCAUCGGUGGCCUGUUGAAGCCAGCGCCUGGUGUGGGCGUGGCCGGUGCCAUGUCUGGACUGAACAGUGCGCAGAGCAGCGCCGCAGCGUUGCAGCUGGCCGGCGAUGGGGACGCAAACACAUCGACACUGACGCUGCUCGAUCCGCCCGGAGCUCUACUGCAUCCGGCACUGCGCAACGUGAAGGCCAUCAACAUAGGUGGUGGCCUGGGCCGUAAGCGGCCGCUGCUGGGCGUUCCGCGAUCCGGCAUGAAUCCCACAAAGCGCACCGUGAUGAGCCUGCUGGCGCGGGCCAAGAACUCCCAGGCACUGCACACUGUGCGCCAGCCGGUGGUGACAACCACCAGUUUUGCCGAGCCCCUCCAGAUGCUGGCCUCACCCUUCAUCAUUCCGCACCAGGGCAUGGAUCAGUCCAUCAUAGCGCUGCCCAAGGAGAGUCUGGCCCAAGGCGUCUAACCCUACGACUUUUAUACGCUGCGCACCACAGAUGGUCGCACCUGACCGACUACAAUUUGCCCCGCCUCCUUCUUCUAAAGACACACACACACACAAUCGCACACACACACAACAAUUUAGGCUUACCAAAUUUACGAUUUCUAAAAGAAAAACACAUACGAAACGAUUGGAGUCGAUUGGAGAGGAGUCUUUAACGAGGAAGAGCAGCGAGAGCAGCCCAUGCCAAGCCAUACCAAUACCAGAGAGCCUGUCUACACACGAUUUGUUUUAAGCGAAUUCUAAAUAAAUAACGCAAGUAUUUUUAAUGCGAUGUUUUAUUUCGAAAAAAAAGAGGAAAACCAUAAAAAAA